UCAGAAGGAAGGGCUUUUGCUUUCUUCAGGAAAUCAGACCUGCUUUUGAACUGGACUAUUUUGGCUCCCCUUCUAAGAACUCUGGUGGCUCUCUUGGCCGUGCAAGCUCCUAGACUCCACGGUACAUGGAAAAAUGCAAGCUUUACCAGACGUGAAAGCGCCGUGUGAGGCCCUUCCUUCCCCCAGCCUGGAGCCCUACCCGCAGAGCUCCAUCGUGGUCACCCUGGAGGACAUCGGUCUCUGGAUGAAGUUUCAUCAGAUAGGAACUGAGAUGAUCAUCACCAAAUCUGGCAGACGAAUGUUUCCACAGUGCAAAAUCAAAGUGUCUGGCUUAAUCCCAUACGCCAAGUACCUGAUGCUGGUAGAUUUUGUGCCAAUGGACAACUUCAGGUACAAGUGGAAUAAAGAUCAGUGGGAAGUUGCUGGAAAAGCAGAGCCUCAGCUCCCCUGUCGCACCUACGUCCACCCAGAUUCCCCAGCUCCUGGCAGCCACUGGAUGAAAGAACCCGUCUCCUUCCAAAAACUGAAGCUCACCAACAACACCCUGGAUCAACACGGGCAUAUCAUUCUCCACUCCAUGCACCGUUACAAGCCUCGCUUCCACAUUGUGCAGGCAGACGACCUCUUCAGUGUCCGCUGGAGCAUCUUCCAAGUCUUCAGUUUCCCUGAGACUGUCUUCACUUCUGUUACUGCCUACCAGAAUGAGAAGAUUACAAAGCUCAAGAUUGACAACAAUCCAUUUGCUAAAGGUUUCCGUGAGCAUGGGAAGAACACUCGAAGGGAAGGCCGAGCCAAAUGCCAGAAACCCAGUCCAGCCAAGGGCCAGAAGAGGAAGCUGCCCGAGGAAAAGGAGUCCAGCGCUGAGGAACGUGAUUUUGAGAAAGACGAGAAUGCCGAUGUCAAGGAAGAGAGUAACCCCGUCGUGGUGAGCAAUGGAUACCCCUUCUGGGUCUCGGAGCAGAAUGGCAGCCAUGCCUUUCCUGCAGCGUCGCCGGUGCCAGCUGACCAGAGGGAGGGUCUGGCCAGAGAACAGCAAGUGCCUACGCCGUCCUACCAGACAUAUCGGUUCCACGAAGCUGGGGACAGCCAGCAGCUUCCCACACGUGAUGCCGCUGCCUUGAACGAUUUCCGGGCAAGGUGCCACCCCUUGGAUCUUGCCACCGUGCCUGAGCAUGACUCCAAACAGCUCCCAGAGGGCUUCACCAACCUGCCUCCGCUCCCCCCGCCUCUGCCUCCUCCCCAGGACUACACAGGAGUGGUGAACAUGGCUCUAGACUCUGUCGGGAAACCUGGGGCCCGAGCGCCCAUGUACAGUCCCUACAGCACCGAUCAAGGGCUCGGCCAGUGGAUGGUGCCUUCCCACAGCCAGUACAGGGCGAUGAGCUACUCAGCCUUCUCCACAGAGUACAAUACACAGGGGGCUCCAGGACAUCCCCACGGGACCAUGGCAGAGUGGAGCCAGUACCCUCUGUUCCCGUAUGCCUGCUGGUGA